AUGCAGUCGGAGGCCAGAAGGGGCAGACAUACGGACUGGAGCAUUCCAGGCGAUGAACAAGAAAAUGAGCGAAUUCGGCUGGAACAGGAGAUGAUAAGUCGAGUUGCAGACCUAACUUUCGACAACACGUCCACCCACUCGACGGAGUCCAGCGUAGAGUACCCUAGACACCUCCAGCCCAACGAUGGACCGUACCCCCCACCUCUCGACGUCUUUCCGACCUUCUCUUUGCGCGAACCUCAUGACUUUUCUCAAUUCAUCCCGGACGACACCGAACAUUCCGCACCAAAUCUUCGUUCUUUCCAGCACACUAUUGACGAUUCUGCUAUGACCACGGGGGAAACAUUAUCAACUGCCCAGCAUCAUGCUUCUGCUGUUACUUUAGGUGCUGGUUUAGGCGGUGCUUUGGGCCGAACACCUUCACGUUCUGGCAUUGCAGAAUUCGACCCAGAUCGACCACUGCCUAAUUUCUCACCGAGGAGAGGUCUCAGGGAUGUGUUAGGGGAGUCAAUAACGAUGAAUCAGUCUACUCAAUUUGAGAGACCAACACGUCAAACCAAUAUUGCUGCUUCUCUAAGUGUGGACCCUAUUAUUGUGGAGGACACGGCGGAGCUCGAACGCGCUCUUGAAUCUGGCUACCUGGAUAUUUCACACGACACCAAGACCAAACAGACGAACAUGCGCCACAUCUCGCCUAGAAUCCGCACCGUCUCCGACCCCGAAGAAGACACUUCUUCCAGUUCGCAACAAAGUGAUUCUGGGAGCUCUGCCAGCAGUCGGGCAUCUCGUGCAAAGUUAACAGAAACUUUGCAAUCUGCAAGAGGGACUUUUAGUCCAAGGCGACCACGAGUUGCGACGAACAGUCAGCGACGUUCUUCGGGUCAAACACGUGAGAACCUUGCUGCCCGCGGCGCUAGCACGAGUAAAUUCACGGAGGCCCGACGUGAAAUCGAGCGCGACAUAAAGAAAGGGAUUAGCGAAGGCGAGAGGUAUCGGGAUCCCCCAACCUCCAAACCAUCCGUUGCACCUUCUAUUCGUGCCCCUCUUUCUGAUGUCCGCAAUCAUCUUUCAGCGCUGUCGCGUCGUGCAAAUAGAACCAGCGGGAGCGUCCAUCUUCCGGAUGUGACUGGCCUCACGUCUGCCGUUGAUACCCCCAUCAAGUCAUCUCGCAGGUAUAGGUCGGUGAGAAAUGGUGCUGUCGAUGCUACCGUCGUUCAAUCCACCAUUGAUGAGCUUGCCCAUCGUAUCCGUGACUUAGAGAAGGAGAAUAUAAAUUCUCGUCGCCACGUUCGAGAGCUAGAAGACGAUUUAGAAAGAUGUCGUGAAGAGGUAGUCCGUGAACGCAACAGGGUGCAAGCGGAAAUCCAAAAACAACUUCAACAUGCUCAGAACAUUGCCUCUACUUCAGAUCGUAAGGGAAAGGGUCGUGCAGAUACAGUCGAUGCCUACUCUCAGUCAAAUAAACCCUUAAGCAGUGAGGAGCUUCGCAAGUGGGAGGUCCGAUAUAGAGACGUAGUAGACACGAAAAGAGAGCUCGAGACCCUCGUUAUGACUCUACGGCAGCAGCUUGCGCAGAUGACUUCUGAGCUCGAUGUUUACAAGCAAGCUGUGGAUGAGCUCCGGGCAUUGCAUGAAGAGGAUGAAGCUGAGAUAGAAAAGCGCAGCCAGGAGGUUGAAGAACUUCGUGCCGAAGUGGAACGUUUGGGUAAUGAGGUAAUGCGCUUGCGCGACAUUAUCGAGGAUAGCGUUCGUGAACGUCGAGAGGUUAGCCAACAACGAGAAGACUUCCAGCUCCCGGCGCAGAAUGCGGAGGAGCAGCAACAAGAACAAAAAGAAGAACAGGAGGUUUCACGCUUGUCCAUCCCCAAGGUCACCGCGCUGAGCCCUGUUCCUGAGGAGUCAUCUCAAGAUCCAAGACUUCUUGAUACUGAAGAAAUCCCUGGUAACGCGAGACCUGUUUCUCGCGCUUCUGAUUUUGAUAAAUCCAAUAUUUCCGUUGAUGAAUUGGAAUUCAAGUCUCGCGCUACCGUCGGCAGUUCAUUUCGUACAAUGAAAAGGUUCAUCACUGAUGCGGAGCUCGAACGGGUGGAGUCGGAUGUAGAGGAACGACGAUCUUUCUUAUCUGGACGAAUGUGCGGGGACUUGGAGGUCUCGUCGUGUUCCAUGGCGCCCCCGCCACGAUUACCUGGCCCCUCAACAACUCCCAAGCAAUUGCCUAUCCAGCUACCGGUCCCAAGGGUCACGGUGUCCGACUACGAAGCCCCUCGAAAGCCCCAGACGAGCAAACCGAGAUCCCACCAAGGCGAUCCCUUCCCCACUAUUCGUGGUGCCAGGAUGGAGAAGCUGUUCUUCUCGCUUCCUGACCACAACGAGACAACUUGCCAUGUCUGUCGUAAAAGACGAGCUAAUGAGCCUAAUUCAUUGGGUCAGAGUAUGGACGGCAGGAACCAUCCAGCUCGUGGACGCAGGGAAGAUGAUAAGGACCUCCCGAAUACGAGCGAGGUCCUUAAUGCUGCGAUGGAGGCUCUCGAUCGUGCUAAGGCUAGUCGCAGUGCACGCGGAGAGUAUAAUGGCGGUGCAUAUGAGCUGGAUGAUGCCGAGUUGCCUCCCCAAACCGUCGUCGCGCGAGCUGUUAGGGAGCUGGAGGAUGACUUUACGCACUACAAAUCGAUAUACUUUGAACUUGCUGAGCAGUAUGGCUCCAUGGAUCCCGCUACCAAUGUUCUAAAGCGCAACGUCCUGGCCGAGCAUUUGAAGCAGAUCAUUGAUUCACUUGAAAUCAAGGGAGACCAAAUUGCCGCCUUCUAUGAGCUCCUCGCUUUUAGAGACACUAAGUCCCCUACAGCUACUGGUAGUGGUGGUUCCCCGCUGGCGAGCGUGCGAUAUGUUCCGGACGUGGCGAGAACGAAGGCUGCCAGGCGAGAAAGACUUCGGCUUUGGAACGAGAAUCGUAAAGCUGCAAGGGGGAUCUGA